UGUGUUCUGUGACAAUAAAGUUUUAGCAAAGUGUCAUGGCGGCGUCCACUUUAGUUAGCUGGACGUGGUUUUCAACGUUAGCGAUCGGAGUCUCUCUUUUGAAAUGUCUUUUGAUACCUACAUACCGAUCCACCGACUUCGAGGUACACAGAAAUUGGCUGGCGAUAACACAAAACCUUCCUGUUUCCCAAUGGUACUACGAGGCAACAUCAGAAUGGACCCUGGAUUACCCUCCAUUAUUUGCUUGGUUCGAAUUCUUUCUUUCCCAAUUUGCAAAAUAUUUUGACAAAAACAUGCUGGAGAUCAAGAAUCUGAAUUACGCAAGUGAGGCAACUGUCCUUUUUCAGAGGUGUUCUGUGAUUGUCAGCGAUAUUCUGUUUAUCUAUGCUGUCAGAGAGUGCUGUAAAUGUGAAAAUGGUAAAAAGCGAUCCUGGGAUCUUCUGGACAGACCCGUGUUUAUUCUUGCUGUUUUACUGCUAUGGAAUUUUGGAUUACUAAUUGUGGAUCAUAUUCAUUUCCAGUAUAAUGGGUUUUUAUUUGGCUUUCUUCUACUUUCUGUGGCCAGAGUAUUUCAGGGACGUAAUAUGGAGGGAGCUCUUCUGUUUUCAAUUUUGCUGAAUUUAAAGCACAUUUACCUAUAUGUAGCACCUGCAUAUGGCAUUUAUCUCCUUCGCUCAUACUGUUUCACACAGCACAGUCCUGAUAAUUCCAUUAAAUGGAGAAGUUUUCAUUUUUUGAGGUUCGCUGGCCUAGGAAUAACAGUCUGCUUUGUUUUUGCCAUUUCAUUUGGACCCUUCAUAGCUAUGGGCCAGUUAUCCCAGGUGUUGUCACGGUUGUUUCCGUUUAAGAGAGGUUUAUGUCAUGCCUACUGGGCUCCAAAUUUCUGGGCUUUGUACAAUGUGCUAGACAAAGCUCUCACCAUUCUUGGUUUAAAACUUAAUUUGCUUCAACAUGAGAAGAUUUCAAAGGCUUCAAUGACAGGAGGCUUAGUGCAAGAAUUCCAUCACACAAUCUUGCCAUCUGUAUCUCCUGCUGUCACUCUCAUUUGCACCAUUGCUGCAAUUACACCUGCAGUUUUCUGCCUUUGGAAGAAACCUCAAGGCCCCAUUGGGUUCCUUCGAUGUUUAAUACUAUGUGCCCUGGCAUCUUUCAUGUUUGGCUGGCAUGUACAUGAGAAAGCGAUUCUUCUAGCUAUUCUUCCUUUAAGUUUACUGUCUGUGAAAAGUCAUACAGACGCUGGACUAUUUAUAAUUUUAUCAACAACUGGCCAUUUCUCCCUCUUUCCUUUGCUGUUUACUGCACCAGAACUUCCUCUCAAAAUUUUACUAAUGCUGCUGUUCACCAUAUUUAGUGUGACUUCAUUGCAAAGGUUGUUCAGAAAAGAUGGCAAGCUACUGAAUACUCUUGAAGCCACUUAUCUGACAGGACUGAUUCCUCUUGAAGUGUUCUGUGAAAUUAUCUUUCCUCUGACACCACUUAAGGCAGCAUUUCCAUUUUUACCUCUCUUACUUACAUCUGUUUACUGUGCUCUGGGAGUAACUUACUCCUUUAUUAAACUCUAUGUGAGCAUGAUUAACUAUACAGAGGACGGGAAACAUGAAAAAAGACAUUGAUUCAGUGAUGACUCAAGUUUUGUCGCAGCAAAAGUGGAUAAACUGUAUGGGGAUCAAGUUAAAAGAAGAUCACAAGAAAAUUCUGAAUAUUUGCAAUGUUGGCUGAAAAUAGAACUGAUGCAAGAUACAGAACAUGGACCAAAUUGUGUGUGUAUGUUAUUUCAAUCAGUGAUUAAUAAAAAAUAUAUAUAUUUUAACAAA